CCAUCAGGAAGAGUGUGCGGAACAGAGGGAAAGUGAGGACCACUUUCAACAACAAAUUGAAUACAAUUAAAGGCAAGAGUCGGAGGAUUGUCUUCAAGAGAUGUGUAGUCCGUGGGCCGUCAUCUUUCGCCACUCCAGUCACGUCUAACCACAUGUUCUUCAGGGGUCAGUACUACCAGAUCGGGGACAUUGUGUCGGUGGAGGACGUGAAUGGCGGCACAUAUUUCGCGCAAAUCCGAGGCUUCCUUCAGGACCAGUACUGCGAGAAGAGUGCAGUCAUCACAUGGCUGUUGCCAUCGGAGGCCAGUCGUGAGGACGUGUUCGAGCCGUGCACCUACUUCUUGGGACCGGAGGAGGACAUACCCCGCAAACUGGAGUGUAUGAACUUUGUGUGUCACGCGCCGUCCGAUUACUAUAAGGACAGGUAUUCUCCGUAUCCAACACUGCUGUCCAGACCGGAGAGCGGUUUCAUUUGGACCCGCAUUGGGCCACAAAUGACGAAAAUCUCAAACAAAGACCAAAUACUUAAGGAAUCGGAACUUUCCGAUUCAAAUGACAACUAAUUUAAUUGAAAUUUAUUUAAUGCAUAAAUAUUUUAAAUUUAC